CUCCCCCUCACUCCCUCUUUCCAUAGGACCCUCUGCCUACACAGCUCUCUCUCUCUCUCUCACUUUUACCCUAUACACUUGCCGGCAAGUUGCCGUCUUUCGGCAAAUACACACACACACACACAUAUAUAUAUAUAUAUAUAUACACACACACUUCUCCAUACAUUUGAACUAUUAUUUCCCAUCUUCUUCAGUACUUCUUUUACACAAAUCUUCAAACCCAAGUUUCUCUCCUCCUGUCGCUCUCCCACAAGCAUGGUUUCUCCUCCCAUAAAAGUUCUCUUUUCGUCCAAACUUGUUCUUUAGGAACAACCAAAGAGAAAAGCGUGUCUGAAUUUCUGCCUUAUCAGUACAGGCCAGACACGAUGAUUCUUCGAAACCUGGUUCUUCUUGGGAUUACGAUUGUUUGUUUUCUCGUGGUGAUUCGGGUGCUUCUGUUCAAGACAGGAUUGAUUUACAUCGUGAAGAAAUGGUGGAGAUGGAUCGAAGAUUGCUUCCAUGUACACCAGUUCCUCAAAGUACCCGAAUUUAAUGAAGGCAUGCAGGAGAAUCAGCUUUAUCGGAAGGUUUCCCUUUACCUUAACUCCUUGUCUACCCUCGACGACUCCGAUUUCACCAAUCUGGUCACCGGCAAGAAGCCAAACGACAUCGUUCUCUGUCUCGACCCCAACCAGACCGUCGACGACAACUUUCUCGGCGCGAUAGUAACCUGGAGUAACGGCGACAAGGUCGAGAGAAAGGAUUGCAGAAGCUUCGUGUUGAAGUUCAGAAGAGCGGACAAGCGCAGAAUCGUCCGGCCGUAUCUCCAGCACAUCCACACGGUGGCUGAUGAAAUCGAGCAGAGGAAGCAGCGAGACUUGAAGCUCUACAUGAAUGUUAAACGAUACGACGACGAUGGCGUCGGCGUCGAUCAUCAUCCCCGCGGUGGUGGUAACGUACGGUGGAGAUCCGUUCCCUUCACGCACCCUUCGACUUUCGAUACCAUCGCCAUGGAAGAAGAUCUCAAAAACAAGGUAAAGUCCGACCUCGACUACUUCCUCAAAGCCAAACAGUACUAUCACCGACUAGGCCGUGUUUGGAAACGAAGCUUUCUAUUAUAUGGGCCGUCGGGAACUGGGAAAUCGAGCUUCGUGGCCGCCAUGGCGAAUUUCAUAUCCUACGAUGUCUACGUUAUCGAUCUCUCGAAGGUUUUGAAUGACUCGGAUCUGAAUUUGCUUCUUUUACAAACGAAGAGCAAGUCCAUCAUUGUAAUGGAAGAUCUCGAUCGGUUUCUGAAGGAGAAAUCAACUGGUGUGAGCUUGUCCGGCUUAUUGAACUUCAUGGACGGGAUAUUAAACUCGUGCUGCGCCGAAGAGAGAGUUAUGGUGUUCACGAUGAACAGAAAGGAACACGUUGACGCAGCUCUGCUUAGACCCGGUCGUAUCGAUGUUCAUAUCCAUUUUCCUCUCUGUGAUUUUCUGGCCUUCAAAACCUUGGCGAAUAGCUACUUGGGUCUCAAGGAUCACAAGCUCUUCCCUCAGGUGGAGGAGAUUUUCCAAAGCGGGGCGAGCUUGAGCCCAGCCGAAAUUGGCGAGCUGAUGAUUGCCAACCGGACUUCUCCGAGCCGGGCUAUAAAAUCUGUCAUCACGGCGCUGCAAACCGACGGCGACGGGAGGGGGGUCGGGAAUGUCGGAGCGAGGAAGUCCGUGGACGAAGACGGAGUGUCGUUUCGCAGUAACGAAGCCAGCCAUACCAUUCGGGAGUUCCGGAAAUUCUACGGUUUCUUGAGGAUGAAAAGCAACAAAGUCUCACAUUCUCAGUUGCUGGAUGACGACUCGGCGCACAAGGUGGACGGCGACACGACCGCAUCCGAAACUCCGAAACGUUUCGGGUAAAAAUAUCGAUCUACCCUACGUUUUUUGGACAUGUCGAAUCUCCUUCCACUGGGUUCACGACAUGUAGCAUUAAGUUAGAUAGACAUAAUAUGCUAGCGAUAUCAUUACUUUGGGAGCCAUGAUUCAAAAACACAAACACAAAAAGCAAAAGGCUUUAAAGCCAAAACCACUAUUUUUUAUAUUUAUUGGUUGGAUGUUUUGUUGGAUAUAAAAUCCUAAUUGAUAUAUGAUUCUGCAAUGUUUAUAUAUAUAAAUAUAUAUAUUAAAGGGUUGAUGGGGAG